UCUCCAGGAGGAAGAUUCGUGAAGUCUCGCUACCUGCAGUACGAUAAGAAAGACACCAAGAAGGAUUCUUUAUCAAGUUCCUUUUCAAAGCCUCCUGCUAAACAAUCUCCUGCAUCUAAAUCAAGAUCAGUUCUUCCUCAGAAAGCUAAGACAUCCACUGGUGCUGACUCUAGCUCAUUAAACCAGAGUAGUUUUGGGAAAGGUGUCUUGCAGUCCACAUUAUUAGAUGAUGAUAAAAUUAGUCGACCAGACCUAGAUCUUUCUGCUAUUAAUGAGACAUCUGUCCGCAAGAAGACUCCUGCUCCAAAACAUGAUUGCAAAGGAGAUAAAGAGACAAGUAAAAACCAAGAAAAAAGAAAAAAUGAUUCUGAUGCUGUGAUUGAGGAGCUGGAAUCUCAGACGCUACUUUUAACUUACCUCAGAUUAAAGACAGGCAAAAAUCUUGCUGUGACAGAGAAAAAACUAGAAGAAAACUUGUUAAUGUUGUGUGAGGAGAAGAAGAGGCAGCAGGAGAAGCUUCACAAACUGAAGCGUGAAAUUCUACUCAAAGAGAGCAAGCAGAAACUGGAUGAUGCAUUAGACAAGCAGGUGGAAGUGCUUUCUCCCCUUGUUCCUGCUUGUGAACAGUUUAAAGAGCAAUAUAAAAACUUUGCAGUUUCCCUGGAUGCCACUAGACAUGAAUUACCCAUAAAGAAUAUUCACAUAGAAGGAGAUAUGGAAACAUACCUUGGUGAACUGCAAAAGGAGCUAACUGUCACACAGGAGCUUCUGACAGAAGUUAUGCCAAGCUUCUCAGAUGAAAGUGCUAAAUUAUGUGGUGUGCUGAAAGAGCUUAAAGAAGUUUCUCAGAAAUUGGAUAAAGAGAUUCAAAGGAGCUUCACACAAGUGGAGAACCUGUCCUUUGAAGUUAGUAAAGAAGUUUCUCUGCAUAACCAAAGUAUAUGUGAAGAGAAUAAUGGACUAGAAGUUGUGAAGGACUGGUACUUCAGCUAA